AUGUCGACCAACUCGACUCAGAAGAUCGAUCUGGGGAAACCCCAGUUCGCCUCUCACUCAUGGGUCGAACCGAUCAUCGUCGUGAGCAUUAUGGUUGCUUCCCUCGUCUUCAAUCGUACCCGGCACUACAAAAUCUUCGACAAGAACCGUGAUCCCCUGGCCGAGCGAGAAUCCCUCAAAUCCGACGUCGAAGCCACCUCCGUUCCCCUCCGCGACGAACAAUCCCGCAAGAACCCUCACGAGCCCAAGCGACGCGUAUACGGUUGGUUUGUGAUCAGGACACCAAACUCCUCCCGCUUCGCCCACCAUAUUCAUAGCCGCAUUCUGCAGAAGCUGCCUUUCUUGGUGGAGAUGUUCUACUGGGUCCUCAACUACGCCUUCUACUCCUGCACCAAAGCCGUUGCGCAGGCGCUUUCUCCCGCAGGAACGGACGUGGUGCAGCUUGCACAGGACCAUGGGAUUGGAAUUCUAGACAUCGAACACCGGUCUAUCUUUAGCAUUUUCUUCCCGAUUGAAGAGUCCGACUUCCAGGCGUUCUUCCUCAACAACCACCAAGGCUGGAUGACCUUUUUCAAUCGCAUCUACUCCCUCGUUCACAUUCCGGGAACUGUUGCCUUCAUUUCUUGGUACUACUGGGCCGCCCCCGAUUUCGAGCGAUUCGCGAUUGUCCGCCGCACAAUGACGCUUGGAAAUUUCUCCGCCUUUAUGGUCUUCUGCUUCUUUCCCUGCAUGCCUCCGCGACUGCUCCCCGAGUCCUUCAACUUCCAUGAUACCGUGCGCCAGGAACAUGCCGAGAGUGUGUGGGUCGGAGGAAAGAUGGUCAACCAGCUGGCGGCGAUGCCCAGUCUGCACUUCACCUACGCCUUCUGCAUCGGCGCCACGUUCAUGUACCACUCGAACUUCUGGUCCAUCUUCCAGGGUGGACGCAGAACCCUGCGGUCGAUGGUUUCGACCGGGUUCUUUGUCACACUCGCCAUUCUGUACCCUUUGCUGGUGCUCUCUGUGAUUGUCGCCACAGCCAACCACUACUGGCUCGAUGCGACCGUCGCCAUGGUCUCCGUCGCCAUCUGCUUCCUGAUCAACAAGAUCUGGCUCAUCCUUCUCCCCGCCGAGGACCUGCUCCUCUGGGCACUCCGCCUCGAGAAGCCCGUGCCGACUACUGGCAACCGCCUCCGCAACAGCAACAGGCAGACUAAGGGCAGCGAGCCCUUUGAAGAGUCCGAACAUCUGCUGGAGCGCUACUCAUAA